UCCAGACACUUCAAAGUUGCAUUUGUAGUUUUGGAAAAUAAAUAGAAUUAUUUCACUUUGUCUUGUUUUGAAUAUUUUUCAUUUUUCAUUUGAUCAUGUGGCUUUAUAACACAUACAUUGUUACACCACGUGUGAAUUCAAAGUAAAGAUAACUGCGAUGAUGUCGUGGGAAAAUAUGACAUCAUAACAUUCUAUUAGGAUCAAAGCCUUUGAUGUGUGAGGAUUCUUUCACUGAGUGUGUAGACAGAAGCUUUCACAUACAUAUUAUUGUUGGCUUUUCUCUGCAAUAUUGUGCACCAAAAGUGCCUUGAGACAAUGUAUGUUGUGAUUUGGCGCGAUACGAAUAAAAUUGAAUUGACCUGAAUUCAGUCCAGAUCCCUCAUACCGUCAAGAGCUGCAACAACUGAGACAAUUUCAACAACUUAGAUGAAGAUGUUUCAUUGUUUUUCUUGCAACGGAAAGAAAUCCACAAAUGUUGUGGACGUGGUAGUAAGCAAGAGACGAUCAGCAUAUCAGCACAUCAACCGCUCUCGGCAGAGUGUCUCCGCCGCUCCAGCUGCCACCAGCAAGCAAGAGGAAAGGACUUCGAGGCUCUGUGUAAUCUUCCGUUGGCCUUCUAAAAGGGAAAGUCAUCCUCAACAGGAGAGGCAAAGGGUCGGCACUUCAGGCGGCAAAGCCCAUGAGACGUCCAGGUGCAAGAAACCACAUUGGUGUUUCAAGGGUACAUGUCGGGUCACACCAGUCUCGGAAAAAACACCCACCCCGUGCCAAGACCAAAAGAGGGAGGAAGACACAAAAAAAGAAGAAGCGCCCCCCAGAAAGAGCCCGCCCAUCACCUGGGUCUCCCCCAAUAGAUUUAGGGUCUCGCUCGUCCCCGAAGAAAGGAGCCCCGAGGAGAAAGUGCCGCCCAGGAAUAACCGCAGAUACCUAAAUUGUUGCGGGUUCCCCAACCCCGUACAGAACUGCUACAUCAACUCCUGCCUGCAGAGUCUCCUCACACUGGAGGACUUUGUCACAGACAUCCGACGUCAGGAGCACGUUUGGAGUGCAAUCCCCGAGGCGACGCUCAUGAAAUCAUUUAUGGACAUCGCCGCAUCUCACUUCUCCAAGGAUUACUUUCAUAAAAUCAGCCUCCUCGUUGCGUUCAAGAGGGCGGUGUCGACGUGGAAUCCGCUGUUCGGAGAUCACUGCCAGAAGGACGCCCACGAGUUCCUCAUCUCUGUGCUGGCGCAGAUGCGGUCUCUGGUCCCACGGCUGCAGGAGCGAGCCGCCGCGAUGGGCGGGGCCUAUGUCUGUCCCGUGGAGAGUCACCUGGUGUUCAGGAUGCGAAACACCAGGACGUGCAAGAGUUGCGGUGCAGGAUCCGCGGUCGAGGAACAAUUUACAAACUUGUCCCUGGACCUGCUGCCUGGAAGUGGAGUAGCGCAGAUGCUUGAAGAUUACCAGGCAGGGUCGGAUUUGGAGUAUAGGUGCUCGUGCGGCACCAACACGUCCCGCCGGUGCUCAUCGUUCGUCAGCCUGCCAAGAGUGCUGGUCUUACACCUGAAGCGCUUCAGCUUUGCUCAGUACCUCGAGUUGAAAAAGGUCCACGACCCCGUCGCGCUCCCCGGGGAGCUGGUGGUGCCCUCCAGCCAGGGCCUCGGCGGCUUCCGUCUGGUCAGCAUCAUUAGUCACAUGGGCACCACAGCAAUAAGUGGACACUACGUCUGCGACGGGGUGGAUCCGGGCCUGGGACAAGUUGACCCGACGGACUGCUGGCUCACCUACAACGACGCGAUGGUCACGAAAAGGAGCGGCGCCACGCUGUGUCGCGAUCGGCAAACAACAGCGUACAUUUUGUUUUACCAGAGACGGAAAUCCGCCCCACCAGAAAACCCACCGGCAGGGAGCUGACCACGCCGGCUGUCGUCAGGCCUAGACAACCUGCCCAGAACAUCUAGUGUUUGAGACGCACAGAUCCCACCAGCACCAGAGGGGGCGAUGGAGGAUGACCAUGUCUGAUGAGCAUGUACCGAGGCCAGGAGCAGCACCAUGCCCUGCGGCCCCCCGGAGGAUGGGCCACGCCCACCCCCCCUCAGAGAGCCGGGUUCCUCCCAAGGUCUCCUCCUCUCACCACUGUCUGUGGAGAUUCCCGUUCAUCCAGGGACAUAGUCGUCCGAAAGGGUGCGGAAUCGGGAGCAACUGGACUCGGUCGCAGUGUCUUGAAGACGUUCCUCCCCUUCAUCCAGGAGGCUUCUUCACUUCCAACGAAGUUGUGGUGAAUCCCAGAUGUGCAACGGUCCCACUCACCUCUGGGACCACAGCUACUGGAGGAGAGAGUCGGGCAGGAGCCCAGACAAGAACGGAAAGGCCGACACUUUCUCUUCUCCCGCUGUCUGGGAUUUAGACAAUAAAGUAUGUUUCCUGCUUCAUGAGCUUGUGCUCAGUUGAAAUAUGAUUUGGGACAUUGUUUUUUAUUUAGUGCUUCACUUACUACUUUUCAAAUGAAUAUAAAAGUAAUGGCCAGAACCUCUGUGAAUUUUGUUUAGCACAAUAACACAAAAAGAAACCUGUGCAGGUGACAUUUAGAAAAACCUCGAGGCUCAUAAAAGCAAUCUCACCUAGACAUGCAUUACAAGAAAAUACAAAAGUCUACAAAAGAUAUUAUACACAAUACUAGUUUUCCUACGGGUUUGUUCAAUGUUUUAAACCCUUUGUCAGUUUUGGUACAUUUAAAGUGUUCUUUCCCAAAUCAUGUGGGCUCUUCCAAAUUUUGUUUUAUCCAUAAUUUUUUCUUCUAAAAAUAUGCAAUGCUCAACCAUUACCUAGAAAAAAAAGCCAGUACAAUAACAGCAGAAUUAAGUAGUUUCUUUUUUGUCACUCCUGUCUGCCAGUAGGAGACCUAGCCCCCAUCCCUCCCCUGGAAUGGUUUUUUUAAGCAGGGCAGCUAGGCCUUGGCCAAUCACAAGCAGCUCUAAGGAAUGAAGUAAUAUCUUAAAAUCAAAAGAGGAAAUGUGAAAAUUAAAUACUGAAAAGGAGAUAGUCAUUAAGAAGUUAAUUACCUGCUAUUAUUUCACCUCAUGUUGGGCGACUGUAGCAUAGUCGACAUGUGCUGAACACCACUGCCCCCAAGUGACUGAACUGAGUAGAGCAGCUACAUCAAAUUAAAGCACAUUUCAUCUUUUAAAGUGUGAACAAUUGACAAUUUGAAUGUUUACUGGUGGCUUAAAACAAAGCCUCUCGAAUUGUUUCCAUCUAAAACUACAUCAAUCAUCAAUGACACAAUCAUCUACAUUGCUCCAUUUAAACUGUUGAUACUAAGUGAAACAGACCCUCUGCUCUGUGAAAUGAAUAAAAGAGGAAACAAAAGUGCAGUCAAAGAACAAAAUUUAUUUUGGAUAUUUUGACAAAAGGCACAGAGCUUCAACAAUGGAAUGCAUCUCUUUUUUUUGUUUAAUACUCUUCUCCUUCAUCAUCAUCAUCAUCUCCCAAACUGUCAGUUCCAACCUCCUCGUAAUCCUUCUCCAGAGCCGCCAUGUCCUCCCUGGCCUCGGAGAACUCCCCCUCCUCCAUACCCUCGCCCA